UUUGGAACACCACUUAGAUCCCAAGGACUUGGAAACAAAUUAGACAGAACACCUGCAAGAUCAUCUACUGUGGAUUGCACUCCGAAAGAUUCCAUCAGUGCACCUCCUGUUGAAGGACUUUACGAUGCGAGAAGUUCAGAUUUCACCAAUUCUCCUUUCAACAGAGAACAGGUAACUAUGGCCACUACAUCCAAAGGGAACUGGUUGCAUCUUCAGUAUCAAUCAAAACUUCAAGCCAAAAAGGCUCUCAGUAAAAAUGGAAAGAUUUAUGGCAGUAACAUUAUGGUUGGUGUCAUGCCUUGUAUUGAGAAGAGUGUGAUGGAAACCUUUGGGAAAGAGAAUAUGAGCACACCAUUAUCAUCAAACAGGAAUGAAACCAUGAUGACAUCUCCAACAGCGAGUAAACCUGCUCCAGUGCGACCAUUGACUGCCGCUUACCAAGCAGCUCGAAGUGACCAUCAGGUUGUCUCCAAUGGAGCCAGGACUCCACAGAAAGAUGCAAACAUUGUCUCUAAAGCAAUGGAGUAUAUAUUUGGGUGGUGAAUGAAAGGAUCUAAAAUUCAGCAUAGAUAUUAUCUAUUUCAAAAUUAUUUCAGAAUUUGCCAUGCAUGUGAAACUAGGUAACAGAUGUGAUACUAUUGUUAUAGGAAGCCAAACUAAUUUUAGAGCUUAAAAAGGAGUUUGAAAUAUAAAGAUCCAAAGAAUACAGAACAAAUUAAUGCCUUGAUGAGGUCUGAGGACAUUUUUUUGAACAACAGUAAAAAGAGUACUAACAGAAAGGGUAAGUUUUGAUCUGGACUGGCGUGUGGUGUAGAUAAAUAGUAAAUAACUAGAUGAACACAAGUCCAGAAAGUGGAUCCUGGAACAAACCUUUCUUGUAUAAGCAUCAAUGUUUAUUCUGCAAUGUUUUUAAGAAUACUGACAUUAAUAAAGUCAAUUAGUCACAUAUUCAGAUAUAUGAUAAUAAACUUUUUUUUUGCCAUGA